UUCGCCCGCCACUCUUCCGCCCCUCCCUCCUCGCCGCCGCUCGCACGUCUGGAGCGCUCGGGCCGAGCGGGCGGCGCGCCGGGGGCAUGCGCUCCGUGAGAGCUCUGCAGAACGCGCUGAGCCGCGCGGGCAGCCACGGUCGGCGGGGAGGCUGGGGUCACCCGAGUCCGGGCCCGCUCCUGGGCGGGGGCGUUCGGUACUACCUCGGUGAGGCCGCGGCGCAGGGCAGGGGGACGCCACACAGCCACCAGCCGCAGCACUCGGAUCAUGAUGCCUCAAACAGCGGCAUGCUGCCUCGACUUGGUGACCUGCUUUUCUACACUAUUGCAGAGGGACAGGAACGUAUCCCCAUCCACAAGUUCACCACAGCCCUGAAGGCCACUGGACUGCAGACAUCAGACCCACGGCUCCAGGACUGCAUGAGCAAGAUGCAACGCAUGGUCCAAGAGUCCAGCAGUGGUGGCCUCUUAGACCGAGAGCUCUUCCAAAAGUGUGUGAGCAGCAACAUUGUGCUCCUGACUCAGGCAUUCCGAAAGAAGUUUGUCAUUCCUGACUUUGAGGAGUUCACAGGCCAUGUGGAUCGCAUAUUUGAGGAUGCCAAAGAGCUCACUGGAGGCAAAGUGGCAGCCUACAUCCCUCAGCUGGCCAAGUCAAACCCAGACCUUUGGGGUGUCUCCCUGUGCACUGUGGAUGGGCAGCGGCACUCUGUGGGUCACACGAAGAUCCCUUUCUGCCUGCAGUCCUGUGUCAAGCCCCUCACUUACGCCAUCUCUGUGAGCACUUUAGGCACUGACUACGUGCACAAGUUUGUGGGCAAGGAACCCAGUGGUCUGCGCUAUAACAAACUCUCCCUCAAUGAGGAAGGAAUCCCCCAUAAUCCCAUGGUCAAUGCUGGUGCCAUUGUGGUCAGCUCUCUGAUCAAGAUGGACUGUAACAAAGCAGAGAAGUUCGAUUUUGUGUUACAGUAUCUGAACAAGAUGGCCGGGAAUGAAUUCAUGGGGUUCAGCAAUGCCACGUUCCAGUCAGAGAAGGAGACUGGGGAUCGGAAUUAUGCCAUUGGCUAUUACCUCAAGGAAAAGAAGUGCUUCCCUAAGGGAGUAGACAUGAUGGCUGCCCUUGAUCUCUAUUUCCAGUUGUGCUCUGUGGAGGUUACCUGCGAGUCAGGUAGUGUCAUGGCGGCCACUCUUGCCAAUGGUGGCAUCUGCCCCAUCACAGGGGAGAGCGUGCUAAGUGCUGAAGCCGUGCGCAACACCCUCAGCCUCAUGCAUUCCUGUGGCAUGUAUGACUUCUCAGGCCAGUUUGCCUUCCACGUGGGCCUGCCGGCCAAGUCAGCUGUGUCAGGAGCCAUCCUCCUGGUUGUCCCCAAUGUCAUGGGGAUGAUGUGUUUAUCACCGCCAUUAGACAAGCUGGGUAACAGCCAGAGAGGCAUCAGUUUCUGCCAGAAGUUGGUAUCUCUCUUUAACUUCCACAACUAUGACAACCUGCGGCACUGUGCUCGGAAGUUAGACCCCCGGAGGGAAGGAGGAGAAGUUCGGAACAAGACCGUGGUGAACCUGUUAUUUGCUGCAUAUAGUGGAGAUGUCUCAGCCCUUCGAAGACUCCAGCUACUGAGGGUCUACACCAAACAGUUCAGAACCUACCUGUACCCUCUCAUUUUCCUCCUAUCCAUAUUCCUAGGACACAUUGAAGUUGUCAAAUUUCUGAUUGAGGCUUGCAAAGUGAAUCCUUUUGUCAAGGACAGGUGGGGCAACAUUCCCUUGGAUGAUGCUGUGCAGUUCAAUCACCUGGAGGUGGUCAAACUGCUUCAGGAUUACCACGACUCCUAUGUGCUCUCUGAGACUCAAGCUGAGGUGGUAGCUGAGACCCUGUCCAAAGAGAAUCUAGAGAGCAUGGUGUGAGCACAGUGUGAGCACCGUGUGAGCAUGGGCCAGGGACCUGCUCCAGAAAGAGCAUGAGCUGGCCACACAUUUAACCCACAGCCACCAAAAAUAUUAUGGCAAGCUGCUUCAGUGGGGAUCAACAUGGCCAUUUGGUGACACGGGCCAGUGUCUUCUAUGAGAAUCAAAACGCCUCAUUCCCCCUGUGUACAGCACAGAGAAAAGCCUCAGUGGACACCUGAGCAGAGCUAGCCACAGAGACCUCGAGAUACAGCUUAAAUGGCUUCCUCCACUGGAAAGUAGCCUGGUCCCCUUUUCCUCUCUGAGAGCCUCUAGCUACAUGCAUAUGUAUCUGCUGCAGAGUAAGAGAAACGGGCUAGAGCCAAGUCACCUGGCUUUAGAAGUCUGCAGAGGUCUGCCCAUCCUAGCCAGGACAUGCUGCUACUGCUGACCGCAAUUUUAUAGACAAAGUAUUUUGUGUUCAAAUAAACUUUAAUUACAUGAA